UGCCCUGGAAGAUCAUCAUCUCCAUCUCCGUGGCGUGUUGUGCCUCUAUUCUGUUGGGUUACGAUGAAGGUAUCAUGAGUGGUGCUGUGCACUCGCUGCAGGCUACACUGCAGCUCAGUAACGUGCAAACAGAUAUCAUGAUGGGGUCACUCAACUUCUUCGCGGCCUUUGGCACGCUUGCGGCUUCUAAG